CCGGUGAACUUCCGGUCCCGCGCAGCACGUUUUCCUUCCGUUGGCUUCGCAAAGCGUUAAACAUCUGAACAACUGCGGCGGCUUCAGGUCACUAACAGACAACAUGAGCAAAGCGCAUCCUCCGGAGCUGAAGAAGUUCAUGGACAAGAAGCUGUCACUGAAGCUGAAUGGAGGCCGGCACGUGCAGGGCAUCCUGCGGGGCUUCGACCCCUUCAUGAACCUGGUGGUGGACGACUCUCUGGAGAUGGGCCCCGGAGGCCAGCAGAACACCAUCGGCAUGGUGGUGAUCAGGGGCAACAGCAUCAUCAUGUUGGAGGCCUUGGAGCGCGUCUAGAGCCGGACCACGCCGUCACUUUCUGUUGCCGGCUGGCUGCUCAGCGGCGGAUUCUUUGGACAUAUUUUGAAUUGUGUAAUCUUGUGAAUAAAUCCCGCUCUUUGUA